GGACGCCAUGGCACCUCAGCUGUUGCUUCAGCGCCCCUCGGACCCUUCGGGCGCCACAGCGCGCGCGUUGCAUCUGCCCGCGCUGCAGCCACGUGGCGCGGCGGCGCAUCGCCUGCGACCAUCUGCCGAGGAAGGCUUCGUUUUGGUGCCCCAUGGCUGGGAGCCUGGAUACCAAUCGGAGCCGGCUUCCAACAGUGGCAUGUUGGAUUUGACGCCAAGCCUCAAUGAAGGUCCAAGGGGUUCAAGUCCCUUGGGCGCCACGUUCACGGCGUUCACAGCCAUGUCUUCGCUGCUGUUCUUCCAGCCGAGCCUGUGGCGGGUGGUGCAGCUGGAUCUGAUUCGAGAGCAAACCCGAGAAGUUCAGAUCGAACAUUUGCUCCCAGCAGCUUUGAGACAGCACUGGCAAACAGCAACUGAGUUUCCAGUAGCUCGGCACAGCGCCCAAAGAUUCUCUGAGGAUGAUCCAGCUCUGGACCAGUUGGUUUUCAUUGUGGUCUCAGCAACUGCCACGAGUACCUUGGGAGUUGAGAUGCUGCUGGGUGUUCCACAAAGCAGAACUGCUACGGCCCAGACAUUUUUGAGUCUCUUCUUCCCGGCCGGUGAUCCACAACAGGCAACGCCGCGAGCACGUUUGGUGGAAUCCCAUCCGCGGCAGAGUGCUGCAGGCGGAGUUUUGCCCAUUGGUCUUCCAGGAGGCCCCACCGCAGGCAUCACGGCUGUGCCUUUUGGCAGCGAAGGCUCCAUGACCUUUGCCGGAGACGAGGUGGGCCGCCUCCCCGGAGCCACCACGGUCGCCAACCUAGUGGAGGGCCAGGCGCAGGAUGGCGCCAAGGCUCUUUGGGCAUACCUUGCGCCCAACGCAGUACCGGAGACCGCAACAACGAGUUUGUGCCUGGCGGUCGGGCGCCUGUCAGUGUUCUGCCACUCCGGUGAGCUAGGACCAGGAGCGCUUGGAUUCGCCACCGAUCGCGUGCGCAUCCUCUACAACGAGUUGCUCGACAUUAGGGCUCGAGCUCCGCCACCUCCUCGACCUGGUGGCGUGAUUGGUGUCCCCCCCCCUGUGGCAGAAGGGGUGGGCGGACCAGGGACCAACCCAGGAGGUGGUCCGGACCUGGGAGUGGCAGCUCCCGAAGCUCCCUUGGGAGGCGAGACAAGUGCGCCCUUGUCCACUCCCGGAGCUGAAGUCAAGACCGAGCAGACCGAGCCGGAAGUGCCACCUCCAGACCCCGUGAAGGGAAAGUCACCUCCCGAAUCUAAGGGAGAACAAAGGGAGUCUGCGCCUCCCGUAGCACCAAAGGCUGGUGCCCUCACGCCUCAACCUCCUCCUCCUCCGCCCCACUGGCCGUUGUCGACUGAAGAAGAAGCGCCAGCCGCAAAUUCGAAGGCUACCUCACGAGGGGUGGCGCCUGCUCCUCCUCCACCUAGUGUCACUGGGGCCAAAGGAGUGGUUCCUGUGAAAGCCGCUCCUCGCCUUCCAGCAAGUGAGGCUGCCAGUUCCUCUGCACCCAAGGCCACAGAGGGAAUCAACAAAGGGCCCAGGGAGGAGGACGAAUACACCUACGAGAGUUGUGAGGAGGAAGCUGUUGAGGAGGACCCAGAAGUAGACAAAAGAGAAACCAAGUCUCCUGUGAAAGCGGAGGCAUCGGCCCCAGAACCGUUAGAGGAGAAUAGGAAGAAGGAAGCUCGGUCAGAAGAGAAGAGGUCAACUGAGGAAAAGCAGCGUCGAUCCAGGGAAAGGUCCAGAGAUCGCCGCGAUAGGAGGAGGACAUCUCGGGGCCGGUCAAAAACAAGGUCGCGCAGAAGGGGAGACAGGCGCUCCCGCAGAGAGGAGAGUGAACGAGGUGGUAGAAGGCGCAGAGGAGAGGCCCGACCAGUUUCUCCUCCAGGGCCACCUCCUGCUCACCUCGUGGGACAAGGCAAGGGGUCUGGCAAGACCCAUCCAGUGUGGAAGAAGUCCAAGGGCAAAGUGCGUGACGCCAGGAGGCCAGCUGCUCGAGAGGAAGCUAGCGUGCCGGAGGGGGCUGCCAACACAGUUGAAGAAAAGUUUGGCCGAGGGGAGAACGUGGAUAUUGCCCAGCUGCCCAUUAGCGCUCUGAAAGUCGGGCAAUUACUGGUCUUUGACGAGGCCAAAUACUUUGGCGGAAGCUGCAAAGUUGCGGGGCGCUAUCGGGAACUAUGGCAAGGAGACCACGAUCAACGUCUCAAGGUUCACAUUACGGGCACGACCAACGCGGACUUGCUGGCCUACGCGACAGGGACAGCAGACCGCCUGGGGGAGGUGCAUCUUUGCCCUCCCGGCUGCGCGGGGGAGCCCCAUGCUCCCGGCUUGAUCCACAGCCUUCAAGUGAGGAGUGUAAAGAAGGAGGAAGAGAAAGGUUUGGUUUGGGAGUUGGACUUAGAGACACCUCCCGGGGACGAGUUAGAGUCCCUUCGUCGGAAGCAGGAGGAGUUGGAAAGACAGUUAGUGGUAGCAAAAGGCGAAGCAGGAACAGCAGGGGAGAAGAAAAUCUCCCGUUCAAGGAGGAGGAGAAAAGAAGAAGAAGAAGGGUCGAAGUCGGAGCUCCAGCAAAACCAGUACCGCCGACCAGAAGAGGGCUGGCGCAGAGAAGGUCAGGAGGAAGAGAAAAUGGGGAGGUCGAAGCAUUGCGCGGAAGGACCUCUCCCUGAUCUACGGGGGGACAGGCCUGGACCCUCAGGCCAAGAUCCGUCGAAGAGUCAUGCACUACGCCAAGAAGAAGUUGCGAACAAAGGCAUCCAGUUCGUCCAGCAACAGCUCGACGUCGACCUCCCGCACCGAAAGAAGCUCAGAGGAGGAGGGCGACCUCCUGCAAGACUCCAACAAGAUCAGGAGCCUCCACCGUCAUGGCCCGGGCCUUCUAGCAGCCAUGGGGGUGGGCCGCAUGAAGGAGGCCAUGGUCGAGUUGGAAUUUGGAAGGAAGAGGAGGCUUCGCUGCCCCCCAUCGCUAUGAAGUAUGUGAGGAGCACCCUGCAUGGAAAACUAUCAGGGGGUGCCCUGAGGGAGGUUAUGACACUGGCAUCUAUGCUGGACUUGAUGAUGAUGGGUCGGGUAAGCGAAGCUGCCGAUCUGGGGAUGCAGAGACUCAAGAGUAUAGAACGGGUCUCUCAAGGGAGUACCUGGGCUUCCACCGAGAAGUUGGAGCUGAUCGGGACCCUGGCACCCCAGAUCUCCACCAGAGCCGAGAUGAGUGUGGCGGCAAAGGAGCUGAAGUUGGAGCACCAGGUCAAAGGAGGAGCAAGCCUAUACAAGGGCAAGGGAGUAGGAGCUCCCGAUUCAAAAGGAAAGAAAGGCAAGGUCGAAGACAAGGGAAAGGGCAAAAGGACGGGAGAAGGCAAGAAAGGGGGUGACAAAGAGGAGGAGAAGUCAGAGAAAGCUCGGGAAGAGGCGCUUGGUGAGCCUCCCAACACGGGAGGAGAGACAAACCUUGUACAGUUAGAUGAGACUGUCCGCUUGGAUGAUGAAAAUAAGGAGUGGCAUGGCUUCCUUGCUUUCAACAAGCCAGUCCCGCACCAUUUGCGUGGUCCGCUGCCUGGUGUUUACUACCUCUGUAGCUCGGUAUUACCGAUGGGGUUCAAAAACUCCGUAUCACUGGCGCAGCAGGUGCACCGAGUGGUGGUGCGCCGUGCCAUGGUCCAUAGUGGUAUGGCUUUGGGCUCUGAAUCGGAGAUUAGGAAGGAUCGCACCUUCCCAGGAGGUGGCCAUCUUUUCAGGGUCUAUUUGGACAACUUUGAUGAGCUCAAAAAGGUGAACCGCCAUUUGGCAGAGACCAUCGAGGGGAAGCUAUCGGCAAUGAGCCUGGGGCUGCGUGAGGAAUACUUACGGCUUCAAAUUCCACGUCAUCCCAAGAAGAGCGUUCAGCAACAGCGUGUCGCAGAAGUGCAGGGAGCCAUCGUUGAUGGCUCCCGCGGUUUGGCUUAUCCGAAACCGGAGAAGGUGAUGAAGUAUUGCCAGUUGGCCUGCCAUCUACUAGCCCGAGGACGUUGCACACAGCGACAAGCUCAAGUAAUUGGUGGUGGCUUUGUUUACCUGGCGAUGUUUCGAAGACCCUUACUAGGCAGCAUGAACGCUUUGUGGCAGUUCAUCGUGAGUUUCGAACACUUCCCCCCGGUCAUUUCUCUGGAUCUCCCGGAGGCAGUCAAAGAAGAGCUGGCCAGGUUCGUAGGCCUCAGUCCUCUUUCAGUGGUAAACUUCCGACUGGAUCUCUCCCAGUGUGUCACGGCCAGCGAUGCCUCGGAGUAUGGGGGAGGGGUAACUUUCUCCCGCGGCCUCACAGAGGCUGGAGCUUGCGCUGCUAGAUGCUCUGUGCGAGGUGACAUUGUAGAGCCUCUGGAGGUAGAGAGCGUGCUCACAGUGGGCCUUUUUGAUGGGAUUUCGGCGUUGCGAGUGGCCGUCGACUCCCUUGGUUGGAAUAUCUUGGGCCACGUCUCUGUGGAAUCCAAUGAAGAGGCACGCCGGGUGGUAGAGUCUCGGUUUCCCAGCACCCGUUUUGUGACUGACAUCGUCUUGGUUGAUGAAGCUGAAGUAAAGGAAUGGGCCUGCCUCUUUAGUCAGGCUUCACUGGUCCUGUUGGGCUCAGGGGCUCCGUGCCAAGGGGUCAGCCAGCUGAAUGCUCAGCGGAAGGGAGCUCUUCGUGACUCCCGCAGUGCUCUUUUCCAACAUGUCCCCCGGGUCAAGGCCUUGGUCCAGAAGUUUUUCCCAUGGGCUCGAGUGGCGUCUCUUGCUGAGAACGUCGCUUCAAUGGAUGAACAAGAUCGGAAAGUCAUGACAGAAGCUUUCGGGGACACGCCCUGGAUGAUUGAUGGCAAGGAUUUCUCAAUUGCUCGCCGACCUCGGUUAUAUUGGUUUGAUUGGGAGCUAGUUGCUCAAGAGGGAGUCACCUUUCAGCUCUCCCGGGAUUCUUCCAGCUCAGCUUGUCAUACCGCCAAGGUGCUCACUCAGGUUGACGAGAGGGAUUAUUUGCAUCCCGGGUGGACCAGGCAGGAGGUACAACCCCUACCAACCUUCACCACCUCACGCUGUCGUGACUAUGAGGGACACCGUCCUGCAGGAAAGGCUCAGUGCCAGGCCCACGAGCUUGAGCGCUGGAAAGCCGACCACUACCGGUAUCCGCCCUAUCAAUACCAAGACAAGAACUGUUUGCAGCAACGGUCCUCCGGUGAGCUUCGGCUGCCUGACAUCGAAGAGCGAGAAUGCAUCAUGGGCUUCCCCCGGGGCUAUACCAUGCAAGCUAUGAAGAAAACCCUCCAUAAUACCCCGGGGCACUUGGCCAGCCGGCUCUCCAUGAUAGGUUUCACUAAGGGAGGCAAACGCCAAGGCGCUGCUGAGAGUGCCAAGGUGGUGGUGGAAGAUGUCAUACGACGAGUCAAACAAUGGCUGGAUACUCCAGGCUACCCACGUGCUUUGGCUAGGGCUUACCUGUGGUUUGGCCAGGAAGUCCUGGGGGCACUAGGGGAUGGGACCGAGAGCUGGCCCUCCAAUGAGGAACUGACCUUGGCCCAGGAGGACGAGAUCAAGGCGUUGGUGUCUGGGCCUAGCAAGCAACUGCCCACAGAGCGAUCUCGCUGGCGAAGUAAGGAUGUGGUGUGUUUGGGAAGUGAGCUGCUUCUGCGCGCCAUGUCACAGGGAGAUGGUAAUGAUUGGUUGGAGUUUGUUCACCUCCCCUCCAGGAGCGCUCGGCAGCUCCCAGCGAGCAGCGAAGGUAUGGAUGCCAGUCCAGUGGUGCGCAUCUUGCCGUGGCCGAAGCCUAGGCUUUUCCAAGGCGACGAGGGUCGAGACGCCGGCGUCGGUCACCGUGGAAGUUGCGUGGUGGUCUUUGAGAGCGGCCACCUGCGGUGGAUGGAGGCGCAUCCCAAGAGCUUGGCACAGAGUUUGCGGGAUCACUUCCAACGUCAAGGUCUGCGAGGCGUCAUGGAGGAGGAGUUGCCAGCUGAAGAUAUGGAGCAGGAAGAAUUGGAAGACUUGGAAGAUAUGGAGUUGGAGGAGCUGGAUGAGUUGGAAGAAAUGGAGCUGGCUGAGGAUGAAGGUGGCCCAGUGGACCAUGACCCUGCGGAGGGUCCAGGGGGGCAAGCUGGUCAAGCAGGUAGAGCUUCUGCACGCAGGCGUGGAGGCCGCCCCACCGCGGGGCAACCCAUGGCACGCCCCGGUGGCCGCGCAACCGGUGGACCAUCUUCCAGCAGCCGCCCAGCCGCUGGUCGCGCCGCUGCCGGAACGCCGGGGAAAGAAGCAGCACCGCCGGAGGCGACGCGGACGGAAGGGGUGGAGGGAAGCCGGCCGGGGGGAAUUUGUCCGGUGGUGGACGAGAAGAGAUGGGGCCAAGAUGGGAAGUCGCCCAAGGAGGUGUCUAGUCCCAAACAUGGCGAGGAAGACGACAAGGAGCACAUCGGAGGCAACCGCUGGGCCGGUGGCACUGGUGGUGCUGACACCGCUGGACUGGGCGGACGUGGCGGGCCUUAUCGUUUGGAAAAGCCUGGGCAGCGAGUCCGACAAGUCAGCGACGAGGCGAAGAAACAAGUGGAUGCAGAGGCUCAAGCAGCAGCCCGGCAGUUGGGACAGGAAGCCCUGCGAAGGCGCUUGGAGGAGAUCCAUUUGAGCGGAGGGGAUUACAACUUCUACAGCAACUUGUUGUCGUCCGUGCAGGGCGAGAUCGAGCGUCUUCGAGCCGUUCUUUCGGGUGCAGCAGCACGACAACUGGAACGUCAUUGGCGCCGUGGUCAGGAAGGCGAGCUGGACGAGACGAGGUUGGUGGACGCCUUGGCAGGCGAAGCCAAUGUCUUCAGGCGGCGCAAGGAACGCGAGCCGCGCCCGGGGGAGCCGCCCAUGCGACCGAAGCGAGCACUCUUCCUCUUCGACGCAUCAGCGUCCAUGUAUCGCUUCAAUGGAUCCGACGGGCGACUCCGACGCACGUGCGAAACUGCCGUGAUGAUCAUGGAAGCCCUUCAAGGUCUAGAGGCGCGGUUCGAUUAUGCGGUUUAUUGCCACGAUGGAGACAGCCCUUUGCAGGAAUUGGUGCCCUUCGGCCAGCCGCCUAUGGAUGAACGCGGAAGACUGACCGUGGUGUCCAAGUUGGUGGCCAGCGCUCAGUACUGCAGCUCUGGUGACAACACCGUAGAAGCGAUCGAGCAAGCGAGACAAAAGGUCAUGGAGGCGGGUCCCGCGGAUGAUCGCUUCGUCUUCGCCUUCUCGGACGCCAACUUCGAACGCUACGGCAUCACGGGGCAGGCCUUGUCCAAAGCCUUGGGCGACAACUCGGGUCGAGAUGAGGUGCGAUCCAUCCUCUUUCUCCUGGCCACCUUUGAAGAUGAAGCGCUGCUGAUGGCCAAGUCCCUUCCGGACCAGGUUCGCUUGUGUUUAGAUCCGCGGACGCUGCCAUCAGAGCUUCGACAGGAGUUUGCUAGCCGCGUGAGUCGCCGAAGUGCCCUCUGAGUAUGUCAGAAUCGUUGAAAUGC